AUGCCUCUCGAAACUGGUCUCUCAGGUACACACGUCCUCAUCACGGGCGGCACCCGUGGUAUGGGUCAUGCUAUGGCACGACAAUUUCUUCAAGAAGGGGACAACGUGUCAUACUACGCCCGCACUGUUACCAACACGGAGUUCAAUGAGGCACAUGGCGCACUCGCCAGCGAUAAUCUCGCUCGAGCAUUCGGGAUUGCACUCGACGUGUCCUCUAAAGACGCAAUUGUGAACUGGGAUCGAUAUCGUCAAAUGGUUUGUCAUACAAAGAAAUUUCAGAUGAGAAACCUAAACAUCAGACUGAUUGAUUUAUUAGCAUCCCCUAUGCACAUGGAGGGUGAAACCGAGCACUGGCAUAGCAGCUUCGCUAUUGACGUGAUGGGUUUUGUGGAGUUAGUUAAGGCCGCAGAGCCUUAUCUUGAGAAAUCACCCCAGGCUUCUAUCAUUGUACAGAGCUCCUUCAUGGGUCGGGAAUUCUACCGAAGUCCGCCUGCGGCUUACGGACCUUGUAAAACUGCUCAGCUGCAACAUGUGCAGGAGCUAUCGCACUAUCUGGGGCCCAAAGAUAUCAGGGUAAAUGCCAUCUCACCAGGUCCGGUUCUUUGUGAAGGUGGUUCCUGGAAGAAGUACUCUGAGACAAUGCCCGAGUGGGUGGAAGAACAGCGAUUAAAGAUUCCGCUGAGACGGUUAGGAAGCCCCCAUGAAAUCGCAAAUGUGGCAGUGUUUUUGGCUAGUUCGUUGGCGAGUUUUGUCACUGGAACAAAUGUCAGCCUGGUUGAUGGAGGUAUCCAUGUCGGUACAUAG